AUGGCGAUAGGGGCGUCCGUGGAGGCGCCGGCCGCCGGCUCCGGCGGGUACAGCGGCCGGGUGACGCCGUUCGUGGUGCUGACCUGCAUCGUCGCCGGCAGCGGCGGCAUCCUCUUCGGCUACGACCUCGGCAUCUCCGGUGGUGUCACCUCCAUGGACUCAUUUCUGAAGACGUUCUUCCCGGAGGUGUACAGCCACAAGCAGGACAGCAACGUCAGCAACUACUGCCAGUUCGACAGCGAGCUCCUCACCGUCUUCACCUCCUCCCUCUACAUCGCCGGCCUCAUCGCGACGCUGUUCGCGUCGUGUGUCACGAGGAGGUUUGGCCGCCGCGCGUCCAUGCUGAUCGGCGGAACCGUCUUCAUCGCCGGCUCAGCGUUUGGGGGAGCAGCCGUGAACGUGCCCAUGUUGCUCCUCAACCGGAUCCUGCUUGGAAUAGGCCUGGGGUUCACUAACCAGUCGAUCCCAUUGUACCUGUCAGAAAUGGCGCCACCGCAGUACCGCGGUGCAAUCAACAAUGGGUUCGAGCUCAGCAUCAGCAUCAGCAUUCUCAUUGCAAACAUCCUCAACUACUGCGUGGUGAAACUCACAGCAGGGUGGGGCUGGAGGAUAUCCCUAUCCAUGGCCGCAGUCCCUGCUGCAUUCCUGACCAUCGGUGCAAUCUUCCUCCCCGAGACGCCAAGCUUCAUAAUCCAGCGGGACAGCGACACCGACAAGGCGAGAGCCCUGCUCCAGAAGCUGCGUGGAACCACCUCAGUACAGAAUGAGCUGGAUGACUUGGUCUCUGCUAGCAACCUCUCCAGGGCAGCCAGAUAUCCAUUCAGAGACAUAUUCAAGAGGAAGUACAGGCCACAGCUCGCCAUGGUGUUCCUGAUCCCUUUCUUCAGCCAGCUCACCGGGAUCAAUGUGAUGAACUUCUAUGCCCCGGUGAUGUUCCGGACAAUUGGCCUCAAGGAGAGUGCCUCCCUCCUGUCUUCGGUGGUCACGCGUCUCUGCGCAACAUUUGCCAACAUCGUAGCGAUGAUGGUGGUCGACAGGUUUGGGCGCAGGAAGCUCUUCCUUGUAGGAGGGAUCCAGAUGAUCUUGUCUCAGCUCGCUGUCGGCGCCAUCCUAGCUGCAAAGUUCAAGGACAAUGGGUUGAUGGAUAAGGACUAUGCUUUCCUUGUGUUGAUCACCAUGUGUGUGUUUGUGGCAGGCUUUGCAUGGUCAUGGGGGCCUCUCACAUUCCUCGUCCCGACUGAGAUCUGCCCACUGGAGAUCAGGUCAGCAGGGCAGAGCAUUGUGGUCGCCGUGGUCUUCCUGAUGACGUUUGUGAUCGGCCAGACAUUUCUGGCGGUCCUCUGCCGCAUCAAGUCGGGAACGUUCUUCGUCUUUGCCGCGUGGAUUUGCGUGAUGACGCUAGUGGUCUAUCUGUUCCUGCCAGAGACCAAGAAGCUUCCGAUGGAGCAGAUGGAACAGGUCUGGAGGAGGCAUUGGUUCUGGAAGAAGAUUGUUAGGGAGGAAGAUGAUAAGGAAGAGGAGGAAAAGGAGAGGCAAGAAAGGAAAAUCUACUCGCCGAGCUCCUAG